CCCACCGCGGUCUUUUCCCGUCGUUCUAUCACACGGUGCUCGGACCCGAGGCCACCGCGCUGUCGCCUCGCACGUGAGUCCGCCGUGGCCGUCCCGCCGCGCUGCCCGUCAGGCAUGGACUCGGGCCGGGACUUCCUGACCCUGUACGGCCUACAGGACGACGAGGACCUCCAGGCACUGCUGAAAGGCAGCCAGCUCCUGAAGGUGAAGUCCAGCUCGUGGCGGAGAGAGCGCUUCUACAAGUUGCAAGAAGACUGCAAGACCAUCUGGCAGGAGUCCCGCAAAGUCAUGCGGAGCCCAGAAUCCCAGCUGUUCUCCAUCGAGGACAUCCAGGAUGUGCGGAUGGGGCACCGCACUGAGGGCCUGGAGAGGUUUGCGCGAGACGUGCCCAAGGACCGCUGCUUCGCCAUUGUCUUUAAGGACCAGCGCAACACCCUGGACCUCAUUGCCCCAUCGCCUGCGGACGCCCAGCACUGGGUGCAGGGGCUGCUCAAGAUCAUCAAACACUCGGGCUCCAUGGACCAGCAGCAGAAGCUGCAGCACUGGAUUCACUCCUGCUUGCGAAAAGCUGACAAAAACAAGGACAAUAAGAUGAGCUUCAAGGAGCUACAGAACUUCCUGAAGGAGCUUAACAUCCAGGUGGAUGACAGCUAUGCCCGGAAGAUCUUCAGGGAAUGUGACCACUCCCAGACAGACUCCCUGGAGGAUGAGGAGAUUGAAGCCUUCUACAAGAUCCUGACCCAGCGGAAGGAGAUUGACCACGCUUUUGCUGAGGCUGCGGGCUCUGACAAGACCCUGUCGGUGGAUCAGUUAGUGAAGUUCCUGCAGCAUCAGCAGCGGGAAGAGGAUGCAGGGCCUGCGAUGGCCCUCUCCCUCAUUGACCGUUACGAGCCUAACGAGAACGCCAAGGCGCAGCGGCAGAUGAGCAAGGACGGCUUCCUCAUGUACCUGCUGUCCGCGGACGGCAGCGCCUUCAGCCUGGCGCACCGGCGAGUGUACCAGGACAUGAGCCAGCCGCUCAGCCACUACCUAGUGUCCUCCUCACAUAACACCUACCUGACAGACCACCAGAUCACCGGGCUCAGCAGCACGGAAGCCUACAUCCGGGCGCUGUGCAAAGGCUGCCGCUGCCUGGAGCUCGACUGCUGGGACGGGCCAGCACUGGAGCCCAUCAUCUACCACGGCUACACGUUCACCUCCAAGAUCCUCUUCUGCGACGUGCUCAGGGCCAUCCGGGACUACGCCUUCAAGGUCUCCCCCUACCCCGUCAUCCUGUCCCUGGAGAACCACUGCAGCUUGAUGCAGCAGCGCGUGAUGGCGAAGCACCUGGGCGACAUCCUGGGGCCCCUGCUGUUGGCCCAUCCCCUGGAGGGAGUGACCACCAGCCUGCCUUCCCCUGAGCAACUGAAGGGGAAGAUCUUGCUGAAGGGGAAGAAGCUGGGAGGGCUCCUACCCCCAGGAGGGGAAGGAGGCCCUGAGGCCACCGUGUCUGAUGAGGACGAGGCUGCAGAGAUGGAAGAUGAGGCAGUGAGGAGCCAAGUGCAGCUCAUGCGCAAGGAAGUCAAGCUCAGGCUAGCGAAGGAGCUCUCGGAUAUGAUAAUCUACUGCAAGAGCGUCCAUUUCGGGGGCUUCGCCAGCCCCGGGCAGGCCUUCUAUGAGAUGGUGUCCUUCUCGGAGAACCAGGCCCUCCGGCUGCUCCAAGAAUCAGGGAGCAGCUUUGUCCGCCACAACGUGACUCACCUGAGCAGGAUCUACCCGGCCGGCAGGAGAACCGACUCUUCCAACUACCACCCAGUCGAGAUGUGGAAUGGGGGCUGCCAGAUAGUGGCCAUGAACUUCCAGACGCCGGGGCCAGAGAUGGACGUGUACCUGGGCCGCUUCCAGGAAAACGGGUCCUGUGGCUACGUGCUGAAGCCUGCCUUCCUGAGAGACCCCAACUCUACCUUCAACCCACAUACCCUGACUAAGGGGUCCUGGUUGAAUAAAAAGCAGCUCAAUAUCAAGGUCAUCACAGGGCAGCAGCUGCCAAAAGUCAAUAAGAGUAAGAAUUCCAUUGUGGACCCCAAGGUGACUGUGGAGAUUCACGGCAUGGCCCAGGACAUGGCCAGCCGCCAGACCGCCGUCGUCACCAAUAACGGUUUCAACCCUUGGUGGGACAAGGAGUUUGAAUUUAAAGUGAACGUGCCUGAGCUAGCUCUCGUGCGCUUCGUGGUGGAGGAUUACGACGCCUCCUCCAAGAAUGACUUCAUCGGCCAGUGCACCAUCCCCUUGAGCUGCCUCAAGCAGGGGUACCGGCACGUCCACCUCCUGUCCAAGAACGGAGACCAGUACCCGUCUGCCACCCUCUUUGUGAAGGUGUCCCUCCAGGACCUGCCUCAGGGAGUCUGAUGGGCGCUGCCCCGAGCGGGCUGGGCCCUGUCCGUGUCUGGGGGUCACACGGGGCUGGCUGCUCCUGCCCCCUCGCUCGGAGCUGGAGGCCCCGCCGUCAGCUCUAACACAGUCAUGCUGCUGCCUCUCUGGGGUCCCCAGAGCCAUCCCAGAGCCUCGAUUCCAUUAGGAACAACACUGCAGCCCUCUCUUCCUUGGGCCAGCCCGAGGAUGAAGGUUUUUAUAAAAAU